CACACACACAUGUCAUUGUUAAUGGGUGUGGUUAUUUUAUUUAUUAGUUCUGGCAGUGUAUAAAGAAACCUGAAGCAAUAGACCAAUGGCCAGUGGGUAGAUUUGCUCAUGCAGGUGCUAUUAUUGUAACUGGAUCAGACUGUCCUAUGCUAGUGAUAAGUGGUGGGAUGGAUAAGAAUAAAGAUACAUUAGAUGAUUGUUGGAUCUUUAACAUCAUUCAACAUUCCUGGAUAAAGUUAGCUGUACCUCACUCUGUUAGUAAGAGAUGUGGUCAUUCUCUCUCAGUGUUCAUUAUGAGUCCUCAUUGUGUCUGGAUAAUAACUGCUGGAGGAGCUGUUCAUAACGGACCAGUCACUAAUCCUAACAUUGCUAUGGUAACUGAACUAGUUCUUGACAGUAAUGGAGGGUGUCUGGUUGGUGAUACAUAUGAUUCUAACUUGAUGACUAGUGAAGAAUACAAGAAGAAGUAUCAGCAGCAACUACAGACAGGAAGAAGAAUAUGGUUGGAGGAGUACCAGAAACCAAGAAAAGGAGAUACAGCCAAUAUUGAGCAAACUGUACAAACUCUUAUGAAGAAUCUUGAAGCGAAACAGAAGGAAUUAGAAGAAAGUAAGAAAGAAGCACAAGUUUUUCAUCAGCAGAUGGAACAGAAGGAAAGAGAAGAAGCAGAGAAAGAUCAAGAAAUAAGAAGAUAUCGUCAUCAGCUUCAAAAGAAGGACAGGAAGAAUCAGGAGGCACUACGACAAAAGGAUAUUGUGAUACUUGAGAAGGAUAGGGAGCUACAGGAGAAGGAUAGGGAGCUACGUGAGUCUCAAGAUCACUGGAGUAUUAAUAAAGAUGAGGUGACUUUGAUAAAGGAGGAGUUAGGAAGAGGAUCUUAUGCUGUCGUUACAGUUGGUAUCUUUAGAGGUUUAAGAGUAGCUGUCAA